AUGGAACACAAUCAAGAGGAAAAUAAGGAGAAACAACAGAAUGCUGAAAAUAAUGUUUCUGAAGAUCCUCUUGUUUCAAUCAAUGAUAUUGUUGAAUACAUGGAGAGUGCUGAUGAAACUGCCGACGCGCUAUUUGCAGCACAGGAUGAUAACGUGUGCACCUAUCCAGAAGGAUACAAACCGCGACAGCCGCUCUUUUCUUGUCUCACCUGUGUUGCUGAGCCAGAAAUGGGCGGAGUCUGUUACGGUUGUGCGGUGAAUUGCCAUAAAGAUCACGACAUUGUCGAAUUGUACACGAAGCGGUCGUUCAAAUGCGAUUGCGGUAAUUCGAAAUUCUCGACAAAGUGCGGUCUGUAUGAGGAGAAAGACGCCAGAAAUGAGUUCAACAUUUAUAAUCACAAUUUCCGCGGAAAGUUUUGCGAAUGCAAGGACACUUUUCCAUCGGAACAUUGCGAUGAAGAAAUGCUACAGUGCGAGGUUUGCGAGGAUUGGUUUCAUCCUUCGCAUAUAAGCCUCGAUAUGACUGUGAACCAAGAAGAAGGUGGUUCUUCGGAUACGAAUCCAGAUUCAUUAAUCUGCAUUAAUUGCGUCAUGAAGCUUCCAUUUCUCAACGAAGUCGCUAAAUCGAAAGAAGUGGUGUGCCAUUCGAAAAUUGAGACCUCGUCCGCUGAUGCACAAAGCAAGACGUUGCUAAUUCGAAACAUGCGCUCCAAAUUGUGCAGAUGCGAUGGUUGUAAGAAGGUAUACAGUCGCUUGGAUUGUGAAUUCCUGCUCGAUGAAGAAGAUGAUUUGUCGAAGUUCGAACAAGAGAAUAAAAGGAAAGCCGAAGAAAAUCGUCGAACCGACAACGAUAAUAUAAGGGAUUUAACAAGAGAAUUUGGCAUGGAAGGUGCUAUUCAUCUUCUAGGCGGUGAAUCACAUGAAACGGAAAAUGAUGGAUUGGCUUGGCGGCAUGGGAAACGGCGUCGUCAAAGCUGA